AGUCUGGACAUGACGUAAACCAAUGGGCAGGCCCGGAAGACAGAGGCGUUUGCUUCCGUGGCCAAAGGCGCUUCAUUUCCGGGUGAAACUGGCAUUGAGGGUACUGGGGCGUGCGUGAGGCGUUUACUGAUGCUUCCUGGUCCGGUGGCCUCGGUCCCGGUAAGCCAGGCAUGAAGAUCACAAGGCAGAAACAUGCCAAGAAGCAUCUUGGCUUCUUCCGCAACAACUUCGGAGUCCGCGAGCCGUACCAGAUCCUGCUGGACGGCACCUUCUGUCAGGCGGCGCUGCGGGGCCGCAUCCAGCUGCGGGAGCAGCUGCCCCGCUACCUCAUGGGGGAGACGCAGCUGUGCACCACAAGAUGUGUGUUAAAAGAGCUAGAAACAUUGGGAAAGGACUUAUAUGGAGCAAAACUGAUUGCACAAAAAUGCCAAGUUCGAAAUUGUCCUCAUUUCAAGAAUGCAGUGAGCGGAUCAGAAUGUCUGCUUUCCAUGGUUGAAGAGGGAAAUCCUCAUCAUUAUUUUGUGGCAACACAGGAUCAGAAUUUGUCUGUGAAAGUAAAAAAGAAGCCUGGAGUUCCUCUCAUGUUUAUUAUUCAGAACACUAUGGUUUUGGACAAACCUUCUCCCAAAACAAUUGCCUUUGUAAAAGCAGUGGAGUCAGGUCAGCUUGUCUCAGUGCAUGAGAAAGAAAGUAUCAAACAUCUCAAAGAGGAACAGGGUUUAGUGAAAAACACUGAACAGAGUAGAAGAAAAAAGCGCAAGAAAAUAAGUGGUCCCAAUCCUCUUAGCUGUUUGAAGAAAAAGAAAAAGGCACCGGACACACAAUCAUCUGCUUCUGAAAAGAAAAGAAAAAGAAAAAGAAUUCGGAACAGAUCUAACUCAAAAAUACUUUCUGAGAAGCAGAAUGCAGAAGGAGAAUGAAUCCUUUGGAUACUUUCAAGGACAUUCAAAUGUGAAAAUGAAUUUUUUACAACUAGAAGUAUUUAUAAUAAAAGACCAAACUUAUUUUUGUAAAUGAACCCAUAUGCUUUAGCUAAAAUUAAUUAUAAAAUAAAAACAGUGACCAGUCUAGCCAGUAUGGCAAAACCCCAUCUCUACUAAAAUACAAAAAUUAGCUGGGCACGAUGGUGCACAGUUGUAAUUCCAGCUACUCAGGAGGCUGAAGCAUGAGAAUCGCUUGAACCUGGGAGGCAGAGAUUGCAGUGAGCUGAGUUCGUGUCACCUCACUCCAGCCUGGGCAACAGAGUGAGAACAUGUCUCAAAAAAAAAAUAAAAACAGUGAAUGGGUUUAGGUGUGAUGGUAUUCACUUUACUUACUAAAUGGUUUCGGGAGGUUGUUUCUCCAGGUAAAAUUGUUGCCUCUCUGGUCCCAUUCCCACCUUCAAACAUUAUAUGCAAACAGUUUUAAAAAAUCUUACAGUUGUAAAAGGCUUGUGACAAAAAAAGAGGCAGUCCCUCUUUCACAUUGACAGAAGAAACUUCCUCUUUCAAUUCUAGUAGUUGAAGAAUUUAUAUUUCCAAAUUGUAUGAUUAUACCACUACUUUUUGAUACAUCAAUUAUUUAUUGACUUCCUACUAGAAAGAGUGAAAUUCUGCCCAUUUAUACUGCACCAUUUUUCCAGUAUAUGAAUAUUUUACUCUUUGUACAUCAGAAACUCAGUAUUUUCAUUAUUAUGACUAGAGUUUUUUUGUUUGUUUGUUUGAGUUCUACUUGUCCAAUAAGGAUGAUGAUUUUCUUUUAGAUGUAAAUGUUAACUUCAAUAGCAAGAAUUCAAAAAUAAUAUUCUCUUUGAGAUUGACUGUGAAUGUUAUUGAAAAGUGUCUAAAUUAGUCUGAGGAUCAAUGAGGGUCAAUUCAGUUAGGAAUUGAAUAAUGAAACGUGUCUCUCUGAAUUCCCCCGGCAAUUGUUUUAGUCAUUUAUCAGGCCAAAAUUAAAAUGUUUUUGUACUACAAGAUGGAAGUAUAAAAUUAUUGGACAAGUGAAAUCGUAUCAGUAGUUCCUGACUGACAGCUUCUGGAGCCACACUAGAGCAGUGAUUCUCAGUCUAACAUUAGGUUAUCAUGAUGACGUAUGAGUAAAUUCUUAAUGGUUAAAUGUGAGACAGUUCACAUUUAUUCCCAUAGAAAUGUCAUUCUCAUUUGAAUUCAGAGAUACUUCUUUGCUGGAAAUUGGAAUUAUAGCUUUACACCAAGGACUGACACGUAGACUAAUCUGGCAAGCCAAGGUAGUGUUUGGAUUGCAAUGUCAUGAUUCUGUUUUAAAUUCUUGAUGGUAGAAACAUUUUUAAUAAGGAAGGCAAAAAUACUGGAAAAAAGUGAAUACUGUAGGUUUUGUGAGGAAAGUUAACAUUUGUCAAUGACAAGCAUUAAAGCCACCUAAUAAAGUGUAGACAAAGUGAUAAAUAUACGCUGAUGAUACUCAUUUCAAUAUGCUAAAAUACAUUAAAUUUAGGUAUUACUCAAUCUAUUUCUACUUAGUCAGUGCUAUCUGAUUACCUGUUAAUAGCAUCUGAACUGGAGAGCUGGAAAAAUCCACUUUUUUAUGAAGCAGUAAUUAUAGAAGUACUAAAAAUUACAAUGUAUUAGUAAGUUUAAUAUUUUGGCAGGGCAUGGUGGCUCACACCUGUAAUCCCAGCACUUUGGGAGGCCGAGGCUGGCAGAUCACAAAAUUAAGAGAUCAAGACCAUCCUGGCCAACAUGGUGAAACCCUGUCUGUACUAAAAAUACAAAAAUUAGCUGGGUGUGGUGGUGUGCGCCUGUAGUCCCAGCUACUCGGGAGGCUGAGGCAGGAGAAUCGCUUGAACCCAGGAGGCGGAGGUUGCAAUGAGCCAAGAUCAUGCCACUGCACUCCAGCCUGGUGAGAGAGUGAAACCCCGUCUCAAAAAUAAAUAAAUAAAUAUGUUUACUAUUUUAAAACUGGUUAAUCAUUUAUGUAUUUUGCCAGUAAAAUUACUUUAAAAGAUAUUUUAACAAAAGUCUCAUAUCCUUGUACUUCAGUUUUUUUGUGUGUGAAUACUAUCCCUAUACCACUACCCCUAAAACCUCAGAAUUAUUUGCUUUAUUUUUUCGUACAACUUGGGGAAGGGAACCAUGGGAGUGCGCACAUGGGAUCAUAAUCCAUUCUGUGGUUUGGAAAAUGAAAAUGUUAACCUCUGCUUUAGAGGGUAGCUACUAGCUUUGUUGGGGAUAAAAGUGUAAUACAUGCACUUUUGAACUCUGAAAGUUUGCCAAUCUGAAAAGGGGUGUUUCUGAAGACCACUAUCUUUUACGAACACUUAAAAAUAAGUGUUUGCAGUUGUGUAUGGGCACGAUACUGUAUUCUUUACAUUUUUAUGGCCCUACAGCUACUUCUUAUCCCUGCAAGUAUAUAAAUUAAAACCAAGUCACUUUAGAACAGCUUUGAAACUAGAGUUUCAAAGGUAAAAGGAUCUCAUGUUUCUGAAUCUGCGUAAAGCAAGAUGGCUGUGAUUUGACAGGUUUAAUUGCUAGUUUUUUAUAGGUGGAUAGAAAUGAAUAGUUUGGAGUCUUUAAAAUGUUUUUAAAAAUGCUUACUAUCUAUAUAUAUGACAUUAUUCCCAAUUAGUUUUAUAUCUCCAAGAUAUAUAUAUGUAUAUAGGUAUAUACACAUAUGUAUAUAUACAUAGUCUAUAUAUUCUAUAUAAGAAUAUAUUCCAAUAAGAAUAUAUUCCAUAUGGGAAUAUAUUAGUCAUUGAUGUAUUUUGCCGGUAAAAUUAAAAGAUAUUUUAACAAAA